AGCGUGCGCCGCCGGCCAGGUCCGCAAUAGCGGGGUGUGCGUCACGGUCUGCGCCGCCCGCGGAGCCAGGACGGGGCGGAGCUUCCGGCUGUUCUCGGGUGGGCUAGUUUACCCGCGGCGGAGGGUAACUUUCCUGUACAGGUACUUGAGCACUUGUCUGGUCCCUGGAAGUGUAGCAUCGAGACAGUUUUCUAGUCCCGUUUACAAAAUAUCUUCCCUUUGGCCAUACAAGUGGUGACUGCCAUGUCGAACUCGCGGCUCAGGUCCCGCCGAGACGCCGGGGGUGGCGCUGGGGCAGCCGGCCGGGACGAGCUGGUGUCGCGGUCCUUGCAGAGCGCAGAGCACUGUCUGGGUGUCCAGGACUUCGGCACCGCCUAUGCCCACUACCUCCUCGUGCUCAGCCUGGCGCCGGAGCUAAAAGACAACGUGAAGGAAACUUUUCAGUACACACUUUUCAGAUGGGCUGAAGAGCUUGAUGCUCUCAAUCGGAUACAAGACUUACUUGGUUGCUAUGAGCAGGCCUUGGAACUGUUUCCUGAUGAUGAAGUGAUUUGCAAUAGUAUGGGGGAGCAUCUCUUCAGAAUGGGCUUUAGGGAUGAAGCAGCUGGGUAUUUUCAUAAAGCAGUGAAGCUAAACCCUGAUUUCAGUGAUGCAAAGGAGAAUUUUUAUCGUGUUGCAAACUGGUUGGUGGAACGCUGGCACUUUAUCAUGCUUAAUGACACCAAGAGGAAUACGAUUUAUAAUGCAGCAAUCCAGAAGGCAGUUUGUUUGGGGUCCAGAAGUGUUUUGGACAUUGGAGCGGGAACUGGAAUACUAAGCAUGUUUGCUAAAAAAGCUGGAGCACAUUCCGUGUAUGCUUGUGAGUUAUCCAAGACCAUGUAUGAACUUGCCUGUGAUGUCGUGGCAGCAAACAAGAUGGAAGCAGGGAUCAAACUCUUACAUAUGAAGUCACUUGACAUAGAGAUUCCAAAACAUAUUCCUGAAAGAGUGUCCCUAGUUGUAACAGAAACUGUCGAUGCAGGUUUAUUUGGAGAAGGAAUUGUGGAGAGUUUGAUUCAUGCAUGGGAGCAUUUACUUUUACAGCCAAAGACCAAAGGUGAAAGUUGUAAUUGUGAAAAGUAUGGGAAAGUUAUACCAGCAAGUGCUGUUAUAUUUGGGAUGGCAGUAGAAUGUGCAGAGAUAAGAAGACAGCAUAGAGUGGGUAUUAAGGACAUUGCUGGUAUCCAUUUGCCAACAAAUGUGAAAUUUCAGAGUCCGGCUUACUCUUCUGUAGAUGCUGAAGAAACAGUUGAACCUUAUACAACUGAGAAGAUGAGUCGAGUUCCUGGAGGAUAUUUGGCUUUGACAGAGUGCUUUGAAAUUAUGACAGUAGACUUCAACAACCUUCAGGAAUUAAAAAGUCUUGCAACUAAAAAGCCUGAUAAGAUUGGUAUUCCUGUUAUUAAAGAAGGCAUACUAGAUGCUAUUAUGGUUUGGUUUGUGCUCCAGCUUGAUGAUGAACAUAGUUUAUCCACAAGUCCUAGUGAGGAAACAUGUUGGGAACAGGCUGUCUACCCUGUACAGGACCUUACAGACUACUGGAUAAAGCCUGGAGACCAUGUGAUGAUGGAAGUGUCUUGUCAAGACUGUUACUUAAGAAUCCAGAGUAUUAGUGUCUUGGAUUUGGAAUGUGAAAUGGAUGUUGCAAGAAGUUUUACCCAGAAUAAAGACUUGUUGUCAUUAGGAAAUGAGGCUGAACUUUGUAGUGCCCUUGCUAACCUUCAGACCAGUAAACCAGAUGCUGUAGAGCAGACAUGUGUAUUGGAAUCUACAGAAAUUGCUUUGCUUAACAACAUCCCAUAUCAUGAAGGCUUUAAAAUGGCAAUGAGCAAAGUUUUGUCUUCACUGACUCCAGAGAAACUGUAUCAGACCAUGGAUACUCUCUGUCAGAAUGAGAUGAACUCUGGAACUGGACAGAGUAAUACUGUACAGAACAUCCCUGAACCUUUCUAUGUGUUAGAUGUGUCUGAAGGCUUCUCUAUUCUGCCUCUUAUUGCUGGCACACUUGGGCAGGUUAAACCAUACAGUUCUGUGGAGAAAGACCAGCAUCGUAUUGCUCUGGACCUCAUAUCUGAAGCCAAUCACUUUCCUAAAGAAACACUUGAGUUUUGGCUGAGACAUGUGGAGGAUGAAUCUGCUAUGUUACAAAGGCCAAAAUCAGACAAGUUAUGGAGCAUAAUUAUAUUGGAUGUUAUUGAGCCAUCUGGGCUCAUUCAGCAGGAAAUAAUGGAAAAAGCUGCAAUAUCCAGGUGUUUACUACAAUCUGGAGGCAAGAUCUUUCCUCAAUAUGUGCUGAUGCUUGGGUUGCUUGUGGAAUCACAGACACUCCUAGAGGAGAAUGCUGUUCAAGGAACAGAACGUACUCUUGGAUUAAAUAUAGCACCUUUUAUUAAUCAGUUUCAGGUACCUAUACGUGUAUUUUUGGAUCUAUCCUCAUUGCCCUGUAUACCUUUAAGCAAGCCAGUGGAACUCUUAAGACUAGAUUUAAUGACUCCAUAUUUGAACACCUCUAAAAGAGAAGUAAAGGUACACAUUUGUAAAUCUGGAAGAGUGACUGCUAUUCCAUUUUGGUAUCAUAUGUACCUUGAUGAAGAGAUUAGGUUGGAUACUUCAAGUGAAGCCUCCCACUGGAAACAAGCUGCAGUUGUUUUAGAUAAUCCCAUCCAGGUUGAAAUGGGAGAGGAACUUGUACUCAGUGUUCAGCACCACAAAAGCAAUGUCAGCAUCACAGUAAAGCAAUGAAGAGCAGUUUUCCAAUGAAAACUGUUUAAAUAGAGCAUCAACAAGUACAAAAUUCUUAUCUUAAUUAGUGGGGGUCUAUAAAAAUUCCUUGUAAUGGUCAAAUAUUUUUAAACAUUGACAUUAAUAAAGCAUAUUUUAAAAGAUUCUAAAUAAAAGAGUAGCAUUAUUAUAGAAAUACUGCUGCAGAUUUGCUUUCUGGAAAAGGAUACAUCACUAGUUUUUUGAAUUAGGAAACUUCUUUUGCUCGAUAUUACGGAAUAGGGAUUUUAAAAGUCUUAUUGUUAUUGACAUGUGUCAAUAAGUAAAGCAAAACUUUACUUUUGUAGGCAUCUUGGCCUUUUUUCUUAAAUCCAAACUUGUAAUUGGGAAACACUGAAAGGCUUCCACUGAAGACUGAGGGUUAUGGUUACCUGUAAAUUCCAAUCUUGCUUCCUUUAAAUACUCAGUGUACAUCUGAAACAGGUUUUGUUUUGAGAAUGCAAGCUUGAAAAAGAAUUUAAGCUAUAAGCUAAAUGUAAUUACAACAGUUAAGGAGUUAGGGAAUAAAUCUUCAGGAGGCAGCAUUUUUCUUGGUCUACUUUGGCAAAAGAACAUUUAAAAGCUGGUAACAACAAAGUUUAACUGAAGAAAGAGUUAAUCCUAAACUAUUUUUCCAAGUUUUGAUUUGGAUGCACGAUAAGUAGAUUAAUUGAUCCAAUUUUUACAGACUUUUGAAAUAAAGGAAGAUCAUUAUUAUGCCUCCUA